AUGCUACCGCAGCCAGACCUCCCUGAGCCAGCACACCCGGGAGUCGAUUCGAUGCUGAGCCGCAAGUUUGGAAAGGAAGUAGCCAAUUACUUCUCUGGGUCUCCAUUAAAUCGUGUGGGUUUCCUUCGUCCCGACCACCAAUUUCUGUCUUCGGCACUACACCACCCAUCUUCUACUUUCCUUCUCUUCAAUAAACUCGAACCGCUCGUCAAGUCAGCCACCGAGCUUGCUCGCUGUACUUUCUCGGAUGUUAAGCCAAUCAUUGGCGACAACCCGUUUGAGAAGUCCGAGGAGGAUGUCAUUGCGCAGUACAAUUCGACUCUGUAUACGCCGCAGAUUAUCUUUUUGGGACUGGAUGAGAGGAAAGAUGGCUUCAAGUACAAGGAGCAUUACAAGGGCCAGCCGUGGUUCGCCGUAGAUGUCACGCCGCAAGAAAGCGUCAAGGAAAAGGCAGAGGAGUUGAUCAAGAAGUUCGAAGAGCAGGGAUUGGAGUUCAGCAAGGGACGGAUGCAUAUGAGUCUGCCCGCCGAAGAAGCGGCUAUCUACGCCGAAGCCCGCCACCUCCUCGACUGGAACGCCCGAAACCCCUUCUGCGCCUCAUGCGGCUACAAGACGCUCUCCGUCAACGCCGGGUUCAAGCGUACAUGUCCGCCCAAGGACAUUGCAUCCAGCAUUGAUCAAGGCGAGCGACCACCCUGCGCUACUCGCACUGGCAUCUCCAAUCUCUCUUUCCCACGUACUGACCCCACCGUCAUCAUGGCGGUCGUGUCCGCCGACGGCAAAAAGAUCCUUCUUGGUCGUCAAAAGCGGUGGCCCCCGAACUGGUAUUCUACCCUCGCUGGAUUUCUCGAGCCGGCCGAGAGCGUCGAGGAAGCCGUCCGUCGCGAGGUCUGGGAGGAAUCCGGUAUCCAUCUUGGUCGUGUGGUUAUUCACUCUACACAGCCAUGGCCGUACCCUGCUAACCUUAUGAUUGGUGCGGUUGGCCAGGCGAUUCCGGAGGGGGAGACCAUUCAUCUGGGCCACGAUGCCGAAUUGGAAGACGCAAAGUGGUUUACGGCUGAGGAGGUUAGGGAGGCGUUGCGUGUGGGGACGAGUGGGCUGGGAGAGGGUGCUGGGCCCGAGUAUAAGGAGGGUGGGCUGAGGUUGCCACCUAAGACGGCGAUUGCGAAUCAGCUUAUGACGGCGGUUGUGAAUGGGUUCGCGAGCGGAGGCCCGAUGAUUUAA